CCAUAAUUCUUCCGCAUUGCUGCAAGUGAAAGACUGGAUGUUACAUCGACAGACCGAUCUUUUUUAUCUUUCGAUCUGAUCACGCCACAGGAUGUUACGCCUCUUAAUUUUAGCGUCUAUGUGCGCUAUUAUUAACGCCGGCAUAUUAUCAAAUUACAUGCUGGAAUAUCCUCGUACUUUGCAAAGCUUGUUCGGCACGAAAAGAGAAGCCACUGAGGAGAGAACUGGUGAACGCGAAGUAUGCAAGACCAAAGAAUGCAGUUUAAUUGCAAAAAUAAUAAAGGAGAGUAUGGAUGAGUCAGUGGACCCAUGCGACGAUUUUUAUGACUAUGCUUGUGGAAAUUGGUCGAAUGUCACUCCCAUACCUGAAAAUGCUUCUACCUGGAGUAUGUGGGAAAUGGUGCAGGAGAGGAUCGAAGGACAAAUUAAAGGUUUGUCACUUUUAAUGUAUUUGGAUUACAAUUUCUACACUCUCAUUCAAUGCGAAAGUAGUAUUAUACUAAUAUAAUGACCUCGUUGCGAAAUUAAAAAUAA